AGCUUCCGUAUUCACAUUAAAAUGAUGACAUUGUUAACUACAAGGAAAAGGAAAUAAAAUUUGAAGUUUUAAACGUUCUUAUUAGACUGACAUUUCAGUGUUAGCAGUAAUAAUAAGCAAAAGAUGUUUUAAAAUAAAAAAGCAACGUGCACAUCUGCUCUACACAAAUAUAUUUCUAUCCAAAUUUGUAAUUAAUUGUGUUCGACGAAUUAAAAUUACGUGUAAGCAUGGCGGGGGAAAUGCCUUGGGUGUCAGUAUUUAUGCGGGCUGUUAUCAUGUGUAACUGGUAACACAGAUGAAGGAUUAGUAAGAAGUAAAAUGAACUUUGCUCCCGACCGACCGAUUACAAUCAUCAGUUGAGCAGGUGAACAGCAGCCUUGAACAGGCAUGAAUGCAUUAAGGACCAUUGCUGGUGUACAGAGGAAGAUUCCACAUGUUUUAGCAUGUUGUGGGUGCAACAAAUUUUUCAGUACAGAAACUGUAAGAAAAGAACCAGAGGAGAUAAAAAUACCAGUACCGUGGGGGCAUAUUGCAGGUAAGUGGUGGGGACGGACGGAUAUCCAGCCAGUAAUUGCUUUACAUGGAUAUGAGGAUAAUGCUGGGACUUUUGAUCCUUUAGUUCCUCAUUUAAAUGUGGAUGGACUUUUGGCUAUUGACUUUCCUGGACAUGGACAUUCAUCUCAUUUUCCAGUUGGAAAAUUUUAUCAGUUUGUGGAUGCUGUGUUAGCACUACGUUUGAUUACAAGGCAUUUCAAAUGGAAAAAGGUAUCACUCAUUGGACACUCUUUUGGCAGUGCGACAAGUUUUGCAUAUGCUGCAACUUACCCUGAAGAAGUAGACAAAUAUGUUAGUCUUGAUUGUGCCAGGACAAUGAUGGCUGAGAUACCAGAUGUUGAUGUUAAAUCUUAUCAGUUUGCUGACUGGAUCAUAUCUGUCGAAGAAAAAAUGCAAGAAAGUAAACCCCCCAGUUACACUUAUGAGGAAAUACUGAAACGGAUUUAUGAAGGUAGUCGAGAAUCUCCAACAAUUGACUCGUGUAAAAUACUGCUUGAGAGGGGAGCAAUUCGUGUGCCUCAUGGUGAUGAGCACAGGUAUUACUUCUCACGUGAUCCACGGUUGAGGACUCAUGUUUGGGGCCGUCUCUCAUUUGAUGCUCUUAUUGGCUUAGCUCAGAAUGUAAAAUGCUGCAACCUCAGCAUAAGAGGUAAUCAAGGUUUCAUUGGUGGUAUAUAUGAGGAAGUGUAUAUGAAGACCCUAGAGAUGAUGAAGAAGAAUGGCAGCACAGUGGAUCAUUACAAUGUGGAUGGCACUCAUCAUCUUCAUCUAAAUAAUCCAGAGAGGAUAUCACAUCUCAUCAACAAGUUCCUGUUAUCAUGACCGUAGUCAUGUUUACUACACUAAGAUUAAUUGUAUAAACUAUAGGGAAAAAAAAGAAAAGAGGCGUGGCAGAUGGUUGUAAAUUAAACUGGAAUGGUAGUGUUUGUUAUUAACAGAUUAUUUAAUCUGGUCUUCUGCAGGGAAAAACUCACUAGUCAUACAUAGUAUGUAUGUAUAAGUUUUAAUGAAAUGUUAUUGAGUACUUGCUGGAUGCCCACAGAGACUUCUGUACAGCCUUAUAUUUUUAGCCUCUUGUUUAACUGUGGUGUUCUGUAGAUCUGAUUUAUGUUUGGUCCAUAUGAAAUGUUUCAGAUCAAUGCUUAAAAAAUAAUCUUCCUAUGCUCUAGCCCUCAAGAACAUUAUUUUUCCCUAUGUAGUAUGUAGUAGCAGAAUGCAACACACAAACUUGUUUCAUGAGGACUCAUUGUCUUCUCCCAUUGAUAUAUGUAAAAAUGUUUUGCCUAAGUAGACCACAAAUUUAGGCAUUAAUAGGAUUUUUAUGUGUUUUCUCUGUCACUGAAAUGAUAUUAAUGGUUCAAGAAAAUCUACAAGGAAGAUAUCAUCAGUUAUCAUGUCUGUGACAAAAUUGAUUAAUUCUAGCUUUGCAGUUGAUGUUUUCAGAACAAAGUAUUUUUGUUUUCGAUCCAAUAUAUAUAGUUAUGUAGAAUCAAGAUUUGCAUAAACAUGAUCAUGAAGUUGAAGCUGAUUGACAUAGGUGAAUCUGAAUCAGAUGUGGUACAUUAUUUACCAACUAAAGCAAACUCUCAAACUAUUGUGAGCUGUUUUGACAUUGUACGCACUGAAUCUUGAUGUUACAUUAGUACACACAAUUGUAAUAAAGUCCUUUUUUCCCUUCUAAAGCUAGUGAGCAGAAUAAAUUCCUUCUUCCACCUGAGUAA